AUGAGUUAUGCGGGUAAAUCGCAGCGUGAUAUCAUCGUUACGUUCAUUAAAAACAUAAGUGAAGAUACACCUGUCGGGGAGUUACUUGCCACCUUUAAAGCUGAGGAUAAACUUUCACCAACCUAUAAUCUAACGUAA